AUGUCGGAUUCCGAUUUAAAAUUAGAUGAUGGACAGGACAUAUUUUUAUCUCAGGUUCUUGACGAGAUUGAAAAGGAUUGUACCAGUGCAGACUUUUUCGGUAGUUUUACGUUGAAACUACCGACUGGAGAAAAUUGUGAACUGUUGGGUGUGGAUACACAUUGUGAAAAUCGCUUUGGAAAAACUACCAAAACUGAAGAUUUUGACGCACUGGUCAAGGACCAGAAAUCGGGUAACACCGAGAGGAGUACAAAGUGGGCCACCUCUGUAUUUGAGGCUUGGAGAUCCGUUCGGAAACUGGACGGAGAGGAAAUUCCACCACUCGAGGAAUGCGAUAUCAACACACACCUUUCACGUUUUGUGGUAGAAGCAAGAAAGCAGGAUGGUUCCCCCUACCCACCUGGAUCGCUAUAUAAUAUUGCCUGUGGACUCUUGAGAAAUCUCCGAUCUUCUGGCAUCUAUGAUAAAAACUUCUUGGAUGAGACGAAUGCACGAUACGCGAGGUUCCGCGAGGUACUAGAUGCUCAGAUGAAAAAGCUGACAAAGGAUGGGUUAGGUAUUGGUCAGAGGGAGGCAAAACCAGUCAAUGAAGAAGAUGAAAAGAUUUUGUGGUCUAAAGGUGUAUUUGGGAACAGUUCAUCUGUUGCUCUUCAGCAUACCAUGUAUUUCUAUAACUGUAAAUUUUUCGGAUUAAGGGCUUUGGAUGAACACCGAACAUUAAACUGUAACCAAUUUGCAAUCGGGAGUGACGAAAAUGGUCGUUACAUAGAAUUUAAAGGUACAAACAGUAAAACGUACAAUGGAGGAUUAAAACACAGGCGUAUUGAACCAAAAAUUAUAAGACAUUAUGAUGAAAAUAGUGGAAUUGUUGACUUUUAUGAGCAGUAUCUGAAUGCAUUGGGGCUUUCGGGUCCAUUUUAUCGGCGGCCUUUAAACAAAUCCGAGGGACACUUGCGUUACGGGGAACAAGUUGUUGGAAUUAAUAAGUUAAAAACUUUCAUGAAAGACAUUUGUUCGUCUGCAGGUUUAGAAGGUAGAUACACAAACCAUAGUGGAAAAGAAAACGUGUGCCACAACACUCUACCAGGAGGAAUUCCGAGGAAGAGAUUAUGA